AUGGAUGAACGCGCCGAAUCGGCGCAUGGUGCUGGGAGAGCAGUACAUAAUCCCACCAGAGCCGGCAGGUCACCCUCUUUGGAUGACGGAAGCGAGGCAGGCGAGUCGUCGACCAAAUAUCGGAGGAUCGAUCAGGAAGGCGCCAGAGCUUCGACAGCGUCCGAGCAAGCCAGCCGUUUCCUGUUCGUUGACUCGUCCUCCAGUGGUCAAAGACCACGUUCUGAUCAGCGAGCCAUUAACGCACAUAUCCAACAGACUGCUCACAGGAAUCGCAAGCAGGCCGGCCGAAAGCAGAAGACGACGGGAACGGCGAACAUAGGGCGACAACGUCCCAGACCCGUGUUACAGCCACGACCAGUCGAAGCCCUCCGCAUCGCCGAUGCCUCUGCCGCUCUUCAGCAGCGCGGCUCCCCGGAGACGCCGUCAGUCCCCAGCGUCGCGAGCUCCCCAGCAUCGUCCUCAACGGUGAGCGUUCGCGCGGAUAGCCGCACUCCCGAGCCACAAACACCUGGUCUACAGCGGGCGCCUCCCACAGCCAAGCAAGAGCAACUUGACCGAGAGCAGCUGGACCGACUGCGGCAUUACAGCAAUGUUCGUCGAAAUGAAGUUCAAGAAGCUGUCAAUGCUCAGCGCAGCGAGCAAAAUGCGUCGACUGACGUGGCUCGGCGAGCGAGCUUCGGAGAUGAAACCAGCUCCGUGAGAUCGAUGCUCACACAAAUCCUGCAGAGACUGGAUGCUGGUCAUCCAGGAACCGCGCUUCAGAGCCCGCCUAAUUCCUCGCUUCGAAAUACAGUUCUUGAUCCCUUUAAUAUCAGCUCUGUCCACAUUACCCCGAGCAUGAACACUGCCUUGCGCCAUUGUAAGUCGUUCCUUCCCCAAGCCUCCGUUUUCUAUGCUGUGGCGCGAUACACUGUGGAACCGAGAGCCCUGGCGGAGGUUGAGAACCCGGAGAUCAGGAGGCUCAAGCUGACUUGGCUGGAUCUCUUCCUGCAGCAGACAAAAUCUACCAAAUGCAGAGCUAAGAAGUAG